UCCACCUCAGUUCUGUCCAAACAGAACGUGAGCGUUUAGCAGUCUGUCUGUUAGAGCGCCGGACGGUGCUAAACUGAUCCAUGUUGUUUUUUUAGCCACGCGUCCCUUUAAACUAGCCCAUUUUUUAUCGAAGAAUGAGUGACAACGAUGAUAUCGAAGUCGAUAGUGACGAAGACUCACCGAGAUAUCACUGUGUGGCAGACAAACGGGCACACCACAAUGCCCUGGAGCGCAAACGUAGGGACCACAUCAAAGACAGCUUUCACAGCCUCCGGGACUCUGUCCCCGCCCUGCAGGGAGAGAAGGUCGGUAAAGCUCAGCCUGCCAGUCCUCCAGGCACACGAUGUUCCGGCUCUCAUGCGUCUCGAGCUCAGAUCCUAGACAAAGCGACAGAGUACAUCCAGUACAUGAGGCGAAAAAAUCACACGCACCAGCAGGACAUCGACGACCUGAAGAGGCAGAACGCUCUCCUGGAGCAGCAAGUCCGCGCUCUGGAGAAGGUGAAAGGCUCCGCCCAGCUCCAGGCCAGCUACUCCUCGUCUGACAGCAGCCUGUACACCAACCCCAAAGGCAGCGCCGUGUCGGCGUUCGACGGAGGCUCUGACUCGAGCUCCGAGUCGGAGGCCGAGGAGCCGCCCAACAGGAAGAAGCUGCGCGUGGAGGCCAGCUAGAAGGGGCGGGGCAGUUGACACCUGGUCACGGUCGGAGGAGGCGGGGCACGAAGGAGGGGCGACGAGAGGAAACGCAGCCUUCAAAAGCUCUCGAGGCUCAUCUACCCCUCCUCCCUCCCCUCUCAUGCCAUCAACAACCACCUCCAGCCUCCCUCCCCGUCCUCCCUCCUCCUCAUGUGGGUGGGCUCACACCGGAGACUCAUGACCCUGCUAACCUCCCGACACCGCUGCCACAAUUGUCUCCCGUUCCACCCGAUCUCCAAGAACAGGAGGGAGGAAGAUGACUGCUUCAACCCACGUAGAGAGCUUCAGGUUUUUCUCUCCCCCCCC